GUCGCCUCCUCCUCCUCCUCCUCCUUUCUAGUCUUAUUCUCUUCCUAAACCGCGCACUCUCUUCUUCCGUCUCCUCUACUUUUACCUCCCGGAGAAGACGAACAGACGAAGUAGCUUCUCCGUCCCUAAUUCGCGGAUUAAUUAAUCACAUACAAAUAUCCUUCUCCAUGGCGGCCGGUCAAUUCAGCUUCCAGUAACAAAUUUCAAAAAAAGUCACACAAGGUAAAAGCCAGAAUUCAGAAGAUUCGUCAUCAUGGCUGUUUCGACGACGACGGCGCCAGGGGAUCAGCUUCAUGGCAACAAUGGCAAUCACGUGAUGGGCGUCGUCAGCAACAACAAGAUUUCACAGAAUUCCUAUCCUAGCGGCGGAGGAAGCCGCAAUUUCGUCCUCCGACGGCGGAGCCUGGAAAUCUCGGCGGCCGUCUUCCUCGGAAUCGCCGUCUGCUGCCUCGUCCUCUACCGAUCCCUCUACUCGUCGGCUGGCGGCCUCCUGUUCCCCGGCUACUUGUUUUCAAUCUCUCGCGGCAGCAGCUCGCUCCAGGCCGCGGCCAAUCGGCCGGAAAUCACUUCUCCAGUCCCGGAAAGCAGCGACCCGGAGUUGAUGAGAGUACUAAAAAACGCAACCAGGACGACGGGAGGACCAAUGUCGUCGUUACCGUCAAGGACCGUGAUCCUAACGACGUUAAACUCGGCUUGGGCCGAGCCAGGUUCGAUCCUGGACCUGUUUCUGGAGAGCUUUAGGGCCGGAAACGGGACGCAUGAUUUGGUCGACAACUUGGUGAUCAUUUCACUUGACCAGAAGGCCCACCAGCGUUGCCAAGCCAUACACCCACAUUGCUAUGCUUUGACGACCCCAGGCGUCAAUUUCACCGGAGAGGCAUACUUCAUGACCAGCGAGUACUUGCUCAUGAUGUGGCGCCGUAUCGACUUCCUGGCCUCUAUUUUGCGUCUCGGAUACGACUUCGUUUUCACGGAUGCAGACAUAAUGUGGUUCCGGAACCCAUUCCCGCACUUCCACAAAGACGCCGACUUCCAGAUCGCGUGCGACCAGUACACCGGCCACCGCGGCGGCGGCUCCUCCACCGACCGACGCAACCGCCCCAACGGCGGGUUCACGUUCGUGCGGUCCAACGUGCGGACCCUCCAGUUCUACCGGUUCUGGUACCACGCGAGACACAGUUUCCCGGGGAUGCACGACCAGGACGUGCUGAACAAGAUCAAGUUCGACCCCUUCCUCGACGCCAUCGGGCUGAAAGUCCGGUUCCUGGACACGGCCUACUUCGGCGGGUUCUGCGAGCCGGCCCGGAACCUCAACUGGGCCUGCACCAUGCACGCCAACUGCUGCGUCGGGCUGGGCCACAAGAUCCACGACCUCAACGUCGUGCUUGGGGACUGGAAACAUUAUAUGUCGCUGCCGGCUGACUCCAGAGGCUCGGCUUCGUUGACUUGGCGAGCUCCCCAGAGGUGCAGGGUUUGAUGAUGACUGAUGAACCGUGGCAUUUCAAUUCGAGGGGGGUUUUAGAACAGGUGUAUGAUUACUUGCCAUAGGAAUUACAUAAUUUUCUUGAUUACAUCAUUUGGUUGUCAUUUUGAAGUGUAAGUAAAACGACCAUGGAAAUGACAAUUCAAUUUAAAUUGAUUCAUGGGA